AUGGAUAACGCUGAAAUUGCGAUAGACUCUGUGGAAAGUCCGAAUAGAUUGUCACCGGAUGAGAUUGGGCAGCGGCAAGAAAGCGAUAGUGGUAAUGAAUUGCACCAUUUGGGCGGUGUGUUCGAAAGUGCUUACAGUGUUCUAGAUCGCUUGUUCGGAUGCAUGAACGCAAGGGAAUUACUCAAAUGCCAAUUGGUUUGUAAAAGUUGGAAGAAUAGUAUAGAGCAAGUAUUGUCGAGACGAUGUAAAGUCGUGUCAUUUUAUCGUGACGCUGCAAGCUCACAACCGAGGCGUCGUUGUGUUGACGAUGAAUUCGGUGAUUACUUGAAGGUGAGUUGA